UGUGAAAAAUGCAUACGCGCUGCACGCAGAAAUUUUUCAUUUUGUUCAAUUUAUUGGCAACACUGUCACAACACUUGCCACCACGAUGGCCGCACCAGCAAAUUGCGACAAUUAUUGUGUCAGCAACAGCAGUGGCAACAAAAACGACGACAACAACAACAACAGUAACUGCGGCCACUACAAGUGAGAUUGCUGGAGGAACUGCAGCAGCUGCAACAACGGCGGCUGAGCCGGCGACAGCUGCAAGGACAACAUCCGCAUCCGCUUUUGUUGAUGAAGUGUUGCCGCAUAAUGACAGUGUUGCCACUACAACAUUGCAUGCAAAAUCCAUUGACAGCGAUGGCAGCAACAAAGCGAUGCACAAAAACAGUAACAGUAUCAACAACAACAACAGCAACGCCGAUGACUUCGAGCAGCUGCUGGCGCACAAAUUACAGGAAGAGGCGAUGGAGGCAAUGGGGCCAUCCGCUACGCCGGACCAUUUACUCUCUCGCAAACGUCGUUAUUUGAUCUUUCCGGAGGGCAGCUCUUUUCAAUUGGUUUACGACGGCAUCUAUGGCAUCGUUGAUUAUACCAACUACUUGAUUCUCGGCAUCACUGUCGCUUUGGCCUGGGAGUUACCGAGUAAACCGCAAAGUGAAGUCAUCGAAGAAAUCGCCAAUCGGCUAAAAGAUGGUAGACUUGAGGUCAGACGUAACGACACAUCAACACGCAUUACAUAUGUCGACACCAAAAAGAAUCAAACGCAAACAACAACAAAGCAGCAGCAGACAUAUCAAUCUGUGAACACCUUACGGCCCACUUACAUCGAUCUUAUGACAUUGACAAGUCCUGCUGCCGCUGCCGCAGCCGCCAAGAAGAGUGACCAGAAGUACUACUACGCGAAUACAGGCCAACUGCCGGCUACCUUCCAUGCGCCAUUGCAUCAGAAAUAUUAUUAUUAUAAGGGAAGCAAUAAAUAUGAUAACAGUAAAAGCCAUUACGGAAAGUAUCACAUGUUGCGGCGUCCUAUAGACAGUUACUAUCACCGUACACAAGUGACGCCGCGACCAACUGGUGGAUACUACAAGCAAAGGCCGAACGAUUGGCGACGUAAGGACACCAAUUACUACUAUGGGGCCACCAUUAAAUACAGACAGACAAACAACAGCAAAAGCAACAAUAACAAGGGCUACAACUUGAGCACGCUGAAAGUGAAUCCUUUCAGCAAGUCAGGCGCGACACACCAACGACGACUUCCAUCUGCUUUGCAGAGUUACACACCGCAAGCGAAAGUUGGCCGCGACGGUGUUGGCAGUCAGUAUCCUUGGUGGAAUCUGGCUACGAGACUAUCGAAUUCAUUGCGUAGAAAACCAAUUCCCUCAAGACGUAUUGACGGUAGCAGUAGUCAGGCAGCACAACGCAAACAACACCAACAGCCCGCUAGACAACUAAAGCAGCAACAGCAACAAUCCGCAUCCGGAUUUUAUCGACAGCCACCUGCCACAGCGCGGAAGCAUCGAAUUUAUCCGGUUUUCGGUAAACGUAGCAUAGCAGAUGAGCCUCCAACGGCAGUGGCAACAGCUGCAGAAAUUCACAGCAACAACAACAGCAGCAGCAAGCAAUGCCGCAUCAUCGACAACGCCGCAGCGGCAUCGUCGGCCCGGAAUUGACUCGCAUCGAACGCAUUCAUAUACGCCAUCAUCGCAGCACAAGGCAAACGCUCUACGAGAAGAUUGAAAAGUAUCUGGACAA